UGGCGAGCAAAAGAUUCGUCAAGUUUACUGAAGAGGAAUAUUGCAUCGUUUACCGAAGACCAAGAAAAUGCCAAUACGAAGAAGAAAACUGUGUCGGAUCUAAAAUUAUUUAACGAGUUUUUUAACAGCGAGGAAGAAGAGAGAAACAUAGAAAAUAUUCCAGCCGCGGAGCUCCAACAGUUGGCAAAGAAGUUUGUACUCGGAGUAAGAAAGAAAAAUGGCGAGGAAUAUGAACCAUCUUCUCUAAGAGGGUUUUUGCAAAGUGUUGACCGCUACCUCCGUAAAAAAGGAUGCACAUUUUCCCUUUUGAACGACAAAGAAUUCGGUGAGGUUCAAGAUAUCCUGAAAAAGAAGCAGAAACAACUUAAGGCCAUAGGAAAGGGAAACAAGCCCAAUAGUGCCGAUGCAAUAACAGAUGAAGAAAUAGAGGAAUUCUACCGGGCAGGAAUGCUCGGAAAUAAAACACCACGAGCACUUCUGAAUACAGUUUGGAUGAACAAUUGUAUCUAUUUCGGCACGAGGCCUGGACAAGAGCAACGAGAUCUUUGCUGGGGAGAUUUGGAGCUGAAAACUAAUGCUGACGGGCUUCGUUACGUGAAGUUUUCCACCGAGCGCCAAACAAAAACGAGAACUGGUGAAAACACAAGAAAUGUCAGAGAAAGCAAGCCAAAGAUGUUCGAAAACCUUGACAAUAAUGAUCGCUGUCCUGUCACUGCCUAUUUGGCCUAUAAGCAACAUAGACCACCAGAAAUUAUGGCAGACGACUCUCCGUUUUAUCUUGCUUAUCUUAACACAGAAGUUCCGAAGGCAGGGAAGAAAUGGUUCAAGGCAGCUCCACUGGGAGUAAAUUCACUUAGAUCUAUGGUGAAAAACAUGUUAGCGGGCUCCCAAGUUCAUUCAGACAAGAAAUUGGUCAACCACAGCACAAGAAAGCAUCUAGUCCAGAAACUUGUGGAUAAUAAUAUUCCACCGAACGAAAUUGUGCAAAUAACUGGACACAAAAACGUCAAUUCACUGAAUAACUACUCCGCUAUAUCUGACAGAAGACAGCAGCACAUCUCUACAGUAUUAUCCAGGAGAGGGGAAUCUUCUACUUCUGUUGCUACUUCGUCUUCGCCAAAAGUAACAGUAGAUGAAAUUACAUCCGUAUCUACAGUUCAACCCAGCACAAGUGCAGGAACUUUGCCCUUUCUUUACGAGUGUCAGGUA